UAUUUCUAGGGCUCAAGCGAGCAUCACAAUGCGCUGAUAUUCCAGCGCCUUCUCUUCGUCUUUCCCAUCGAUCGAGCUCCAGUGUGAUGCUAUCUCGCGCCGUGCUGCGAAGGCGUGGAGCAGGAGGAUUCAAGGCAAUGGAGCUCGCAUCAGUGCUCAACGUCGGCAAUCGCUGCUCGCCAGGGAUUCUCAGGCGCUUCCCUCAUCACAGGAAUCAGCUCGCUUGCUUCAGCCGCGUCUCGCGUCGAGCUCCAUCGCCGGGCGACGCAUUUGGAGCGUCUCUCUCCGUGUCGAGGAGGAAGCUUUGCAACGCUCCCCAAGCCGCGGUCGCUGCUCCAGCGCCGAAGAUUGGAGCCAAUCCGGACGUUGUCAAGGAGCUGGGAUUUGAGGAAGUGAGGGAAGAGUUUAUUUCCGAGUACAAAUCUACUGCUGUGCUCUAUCGACACAAGAAGACUGGGGCGGAGGUCAUGUCGGUCGUGAACGAGGACGAGAACAAGGUCUUUGGAAUCGUGUUUAGAACACCACCCAAAGACUCCAAAGGAAUUCCACACAUUCUCGAGCACAGCGUUCUUUGUGGCUCCAGAAAAUAUCCUCUCAAAGAGCCAUUUGUUGAGCUGCUCAAGGGAAGCUUGCAUACGUUUCUGAAUGCGUUCACGUAUCCCGACCGGACUUGCUAUCCUGUGGCUUCCACAAACUUAAAGGAUUUUUACAACCUAGUGGAUGUUUAUUUGGACGCUGUUUUUCAUCCUCGUUGCGUAAGCGACCCGCAAAUCUUUCAACAGGAAGGUUGGCAUUACGAAGUUAACGAUUCGUCUGAAGACCUCACAUACAAAGGUGUUGUGUUCAACGAAAUGAAAGGUGUUUAUUCGCAACCAGAUAGUGUUCUUGGCCGAAUUUGCCAGCAGGAAUUAUUUCCUAAUAAUGCGUAUAAUGUGGACAGUGGUGGAGAUCCAUCUGUGAUUCCUGAUCUAACGUUUGAAGAGUUUCAGGAGUUCCAUAGAAAGUUCUAUCAUCCCAGUAAUGCGAGGAUAUGGUUUUAUGGGGACGAUGAUCCAACUGAACGACUUCGAAUCGUGAAUGCCUAUCUAUCUAAUUUUGAAGCCAACAACUCAGCAGCAGAAUCCGAAGUUAAACCUCAAAGUCUUCUCUCUGAGCCAAAGAAGAUUAAAGAGAAAUAUGCAGUAGGAGAGGAGACUGACACGUCCAAAAAGCAUAUGGUCUCUAUGAACUGGCUUCUUUCAGACAAGCCAUUGGAUCUGGAGACUGAGCUAGCUCUCGGCUUUCUAGAUCAUCUAGUGCUAGGGACGCCAGCAGCACCUCUAAGAAAGACGUUGCUUGAAAGUCACCUGGGAGAGGCUCUUACUUCAAGCGGAGUAGAAGAUGACCUCCUUCAACCGCAAUUUAGUAUCGGCAUGAAAGGCGUCGCCGAAAGUGAUAUCCCAGCAGUUGAGGAAUUGAUCGUAUCUACAUUACAAAAGCUGGCUGAUGAAGGUUUCACGUCUGAAGCUGUCGAGGCUUCUAUGAACACAAUCGAGUUUGCACUAAGAGAGAACAACACUGGAUCGUUCCCACGCGGACUAUCUCUCAUGCUGAGGUCGAUGGGUAAAUGGCUGUAUGGUCGUGAUCCAUUUGAACCUUUAAGAUUCGCCAAGCCAUUAGAAGAUUUGAAGGCCAAAAUAGCGACGGAGGGUGCUAAGGCAGUUUUCUCACCACUUAUACAGAACUUCCUUCUUAGCAACAAGCAUCUUGUGACUGUUGAGCUCCAGCCGGAUGCUGAAAAAUCAGCAGAAAUUGAAGCCUUGGAGAAGGAAAGACUGGCGAAGGUGAAAGCAAGCCUGGCAAAACAAGAGCUUGAGGAACUUGCUCGAGCAACCGAGGAGCUAAAGAAGCGCCAAGAAACGCCUGAUCCUCCUGAGGCAUUAAAAGCAGUACCAUCUCUGUCACUGUCUGAUAUUCCAAAAGAGCCUAUUCACGUUCCAAUUGCUAUCGGUGAAAUGCACGGCGCGACUAUGUUACGUCAUGAUAUCUUUACCAAUGAUGUCUUAUAUGCAGAAGUUGCUUUUGAGCUGCGCACUGUUCCUUCUGAGCUUUUGCCCCUGGUUCCGCUUUUCUGCCAAUCUUUGCUCGAGAUGGGAACAAAAGACAUGGAUUUUGUGUCGCUAAACCUGCUUAUUGGUCGAAAGACAGGAGGCAUUUCUGUCUAUCCUUCGACGUCCUCGGUUCGCGGGAAAAAAGAACCAUCAAGCAAAAUGAUUAUUCGUGGUAAAGCCAUGGCUUCACAGGCGCAAGAUCUCUUUAGUCUGAUGCGAACAAUCCUUCAAGACGUACAAUUUACUGACAAGGAACGAUUUAAGCAGUUUGUGUCCCAGAGCAAGUCAGGCAUGGAGAGCCGCCUUAGAGGUGCUGGCCACAGAAUUGUGGCGUCACGGCUGGACGCAAUGCUGAACAUUCCUGGCGCUGUUGGAGAGAAAAUGGGUGGUCUCAGUUAUCUAGACUAUCUGCGCGAAUUAGAGAAGCAAGUGGACACCGACUGGCCCGCAGUGCAACAGAAUCUGGAAAGAAUUCGGACGAGUUUUCUGUCUCGGAAAGGGGCCAUCGUGAACUUGACAGCAGAUGAGAAGAAUUUGACUAAAGCAGACAGUUUUGUCAGUUCUCUACUCGAAGCCCUGCCUGAAACCGAGCCAGUUGUUUGCACGUGGAAUGGUAUUCUUCAACCAUGCAAUGAAGGCAUUAUUGUUCCCACACAGGUGAACUACGUUGGUAAAGCAGCAAAUUUGUACGAUACAGGAUAUGAGCUCGAUGGAAGCGCGUAUGUUAUUUCCAAGUACAUUGGCAACACGUGGCUGUGGGAUCGAGUGCGUGUGAGUGGUGGCGCUUACGGAGGCUUCUGCGACUUCGAUUCUCAUUCGGGCGUAUUUACAUACUUGUCCUACCGAGACCCGAAUCUGGCAAAGACCAUCGACAACUACGACUUAACCGUCCAGUUCCUGAGAGAGCUUGAACUGGACGAUGACGCGCUCACCAAAGCUAUCAUUGGCACCAUUGGAGAUGUUGAUUCGUAUCAGCUUCCAGAUGCAAAGGGUUACUCGAGUAUGCUCCGCUACAUUCUAGGAAUCACAGAGGAAGAACGCAAGCUGCGAAGGGAGCAAAUCCUAUCAACAAGCCUCAGAGAUUUCAAAGCGUUCGCGGACGUGCUUGAGCACGUCAAAGAGAAGGGCAUUGUCGCGGCUGUAGCGUCCGCCGAGGACGUGGAAUCCGCGAACAAGGAGCGGCCAGGCCUCCUCCAGCCGAAGAAAGUCAGCCUGUAAACAAACAAGACACACACACACACACACACGCGCGCCAGUUUUGUUAUAAGAAAGGAAUAAAGAGCGAAUAUCCUGGUCAACGGUUUAGGGUUUCUGUCGCUCUAAACAUCUGAAAUAAGAGUGUGGAUUCAUCC